AGGGCAAUCUCUGCUUGGUAUGAUGGUAGGGAGUGGUUUAAUUCAUUAUGUAAAACUGUGAUGGAGCAAGACUGGUCUUGGAAUAAGCCUGCUCUUGAUUACAUGGAGCUUUACCAUGCGGCACUCAAGUGAAAAUACCAGAUUACUUGAGUCCAGAGCUUGAUACGCAGUUGAAUGUUUCCCCAUCUUCUGUAUAGGUUCAGUGCCGAAUUCAACUUUUGUCGUCCAAUAGGUUGAUUACUUGUACAUAAAUUGCCCAUUUGAAACGAUGCAAGGUGACAUCAGAUUCAAAGCAUGUAAUUGCUCAUCCAUUUUUGUUUUGUUUGUGCAAAAAAUGUACAAAAGCACAGAAAAUUUUGAAUUUUGUUACAAUAGUUGAUCUAGUCUUCAUACCAUUCCAGUUGUAUUGAGAACACAUUGCUAAAUGACAAGGUAAUUGACACAUCGAAGAAUCCCUGAAAGGCUUGUGUACUUUUUCAUUUCACUUUGAAAAUGCUUUCUAAUGGAAUAUGAUGCGGCAAAGUUGAUGCUUC